AGUCGAGUUCGUGGAUCUUGUCAGUGCGGUUGUGCAUCCGAUCCGAGUCCGAAGCCGUGCCAGUUCAAGAUAACGACGAGAGUCGGUUUGCUGUAUUGGUGUGUGCGAGCGAAGUGGAAAAGUGACCACGCGAUCGGUGCGGAAAAAAGAAGCGAAAAGCGGCCAUCGGAAAAGGAGAAAAAUAUCGAUUUGGUGUAAAAGUGCCGAGCGCAGUGUCGGAACACCAGCCCCAGGAAGUGCGGAACCGCAGUGUACAUCCGUUUUGGUGAGGAUUUGCUGUUUUCUGACGGUGGUUCAAAGUGCAACUUGCUCCAGAAGGUGUGAUUUCCCUUUCCGAUAUGGGAUUCCUUUCGUGGGUGUAAUCGUGAGUGGCCUCCUCAGAGCGUAUCGCUUUUCGUCUAGUAUCAUAAGCCAAGGGGCCAAGGGGAGAAAGUAUCGGUGGUGAGUGCCCUUCUCUGAUCCAGUAGCGGUGUUUACUCGCUUCGCCUUGUUGGUAUCUUUUUUUUCGCUGGAUGUGUUCCGGUACCAUCCGUUCCGAGUAUAAUAGUGGUGUAAUAUUGAAAAUACGAGCCAUCUCGAGUUCCCUGUAGUGUACCGUAAUCAAAAGGAAAGAAAGUAAAUUGUUCCCGGGCGACUGCAAUGGAUCUGCUGCAUACGGUUUCGGACGCGUUUUGGUCGACUAGAAUCUGGUUGCCACCGAACAUCACCUGGGAGGAUAUCCGACCGGGAGUGCGGCCGGACGUGAAUCAUGCCGAUUACCGGCACCUCGUUUACCCUCUUCCACUGGCGGCUAUCAUCUUUGUGAUAAGGAUUCUCGUCGAGCGAUAUUGGAUCGCACCAAUUGGCAAAGCCAUCGGUAUCAAAAGCACAGGUCCCAAACCACCCAUACCAAAUAAAGACCUGGAAUUAGCGUACAGCGUAAGCAGCCGUCUGAAUCACAAAAAUAUUGUUAAGCUCACCAAGCAAACCGACUUGAGCGAACGACAGAUCGAACGGUGGUGGCGUCGGCGGAGAGCCCAGGAUAAGCCAACCACGCUGGUGAAGUUCUGCGAAAACUCGUGGCGAUGCAUCUACUACACGUACAGCUUCAUCUUCGGAUGCAUCGUCAUGUGGGACAAACCGUGGCUGUGGGACAUCAAGAACUGCUGGUACGGUUACCCACACCAAUCGGUCACCAACGACAUCUGGUGGUAUUACAUGAUCUCGAUGGCCUUCUACUGGUCACUGACCGCUUCGCAGUUUGUCGAUGUCAAGCGUAAGGACUUUUGGCAGAUGUUUGUGCACCAUAUGAUCACCAUUGUACUGAUAGCGCUAAGUUGGGUGUGCAACCUGCAUCGGGUGGGUUCGCUGGUGCUUCUGGUGCACGAUUGCGCUGAUAUCUUCUUGGAGGCUGCCAAGAUUACGAAAUAUGCGCAGUACCAGAAGGUGUGCGAUACCAUCUUUGCCGUUUUCACGGUGGUGUGGAUCAUCACCCGGCUGGUGCUCUACCCGCGGAUCAUCUACAGUUCAUCGGUGGAAGCGCCCAGCAUAUUGCCCAUGUUCCCCGCUUACUACAUCUUCAACACGCUGCUGAUUCUGCUGCUCGUGUUACACAUUGGCUGGACGUAUCUAAUCAUUCAGAUCGCCGUGAAGGCAAUUAGGUCGGGGCAGAUGGAAGGUGACGUACGCUCGAGUUCCAGUGAUGAGCUUUCCGAUAGUUCAGAGAAUGCCCGUCCCAUCGUGGCAAAUGGUACCCCGAAAAAGCAACCGCGGCCUUCGCCGAGCAAGAAACCCGCCUCGAACCCGUCGUCACCGAAAAAGUAAGCAGUUGUACACUAGCAAGCAUCCCCUACCACAACAACUGCUAAUGAACACUGCAGCUACCAAAACUGCAUCUAUAGGUUUUACACUGGCAAAUACCAUAUAAACUCUAGAAUCGUAAUAAGUUUAAUAGGUACAAGAAGGGACGAGUAUUUGCUGUUCAAUGGUGCAGAUCUCUGGUUGAUGAAAGUGUAUCCAAUUUAUUUAAUGAGGUGAAAAUACAAUCUGUUGAUGAUCAAAAAUGAUGAGUUUGUGAAAUAAGCGUGAAGCGAGAAUUUGAACUGCUGCUGCAAAUGUCUAGAAUAAAUCACUGGAGAAAUAUUUUAGAACCGUCUUUUGCUAUGAAUAUAUAUUUAUUAAUUUAGAGGAAAAGAGAGCUAACUAGGAGGGCAGCAAUGAAACCGAAAAUGGGAACUAUUUUAUUCGGUAUUAUCUCCGUGGGCAUAGUUCACGGCUAAAGCUUAAUCGAGGUAAUCUCUUUAGAUAGAGAAUAACGAAACAAAAAACUGGACUAAAAAGUCGGAAAGCGGGAAAAUCGUCGAAUAUCGAGGCAAAGACUUGAUAAAAGUGUCCUAGACCAUUCAAACCAAACUACCACGUUAACGACUUUUGCUUUUAUUACACAACAACAUUCCCGAUCUCGGAUGUUAGUUUUCGUUACAUACGCAUAGGAAAGUUUAUUUUCAAUCUGAAGAAUUAUCUGGGAUCUGUGAGAAAGGUAAGCACUUCUUCACAUGAAAUACUCUUCAAAAUCCAUUCGAAACUAAUGGCACGCUUACGAGCUUCAUUCACAGUUUACUUUUUUUUAAAUCAUACAUAAAACUAAAUCCAUCAUCGUAUAUGAAUAUGAAAAUCAAUAUUUGGCUUGCUUUUCAGAGACAAUAGAAGACGAACGUUGAACGUUAAACAACCAUUUUAAAAACACUCCAUAUUCCAUCGUCCUUCCUUAAGAUAUAGCAUAACUUAUUUACCUUCCAAGGUUAAUACAUAGAUAUUUAUGUUCAGAUGAACAGUAGUAACGAAAUACAUAAUUACCAUCUGUACAACAUACGGAAACUUUUGAUUUCGUCACUUAGCUUAACUUAUCAUGAAAUGUCGGAGAAAAUCGCAUUGUUUCUACUAUUAAUAUUGAUCACUAUAACACUACGUCUGGUUAAAUUUCGAAAAAAAAACUACGAAACUACUAGAAUACUAAAUGACGAAAUCAUAAGUUAGUCAAGGAUGCCUUUCCAUCGGAUUAUCCUAUCACUAAAAUGUUGUGUUUUCUAUUUUAUUAUUUUUUUGACUAAACAUUGUUAUUUUUGCCUCGGCUAAUCAACGCUACGUCACAUAUUUUUAUCACCUUCCAAAGAAAAAAAAAUCGUUUAGAAGUAAGAUUGGGCAGAAACAAGUGAAACCUUUGGGCGUUGUCAGCAGUAAUCAUGUAAGGUGUAGCUCUAAUAAGUCAUGGAAAAUUUGUUUUUUCAAAGUACCAGCCUAGUGAGUAAUUGUUAGGAGGACUUUGUAUUAAUCGUAAGUGUUAGGUAAAAUAAUGGAAUAUAGACAAACAAAAAUCGGUGGCUUUUCAGAUGCGGGAGCGAUCUUGACCAGGUGCAGCUCUUCAUUGUUUCUGCAUUUAGAUCCAUCCUCGGUAAGCGUUCGCCGAUUUGCCAAGCGAGCUAAGCUAGAGAUUCUCUAAGAAGUUUGCCGUUUACCAUGCUUUAUGAACCGUUUUUUGUUAAGACUCAUUAUCACAUGCAUGCAUAAAUAGAAUAUCUGCUGAAAAGAUCGUUUGUGCUUCUGUUUGUCGUUUGACGCAUAAUCAUUAGAAACGUUUUGUACAUUGGUUGAGCAGAAACAAAAUCGCAAAUUUAGGUAACAUUGCAACUGACAAAAUGUUGUUUGAAAAAGAUUUCAAAAGUGAUUAAUCUUAUAAAACCAUUCACAAAAUGCUA